GUGUGCCAGGGCUCCCAACCGCUGGGCCCGGAGGUGGACGCGUGGGGCCUGGGCCUCGUGCUGCACCAGGUCUACCAGCACUGCUUCGACCUCCUCGACGCCUCCCAGGAGAAGGUGUCGUGGUGCCCGGAGAGGCCCAGCUACGAGAGGCCGAUGGAGGAGAAGCUCUCAGGGAGGCCAUGGGGGGGCUCCUCGCAUUCGACCUGGCCGGCCGGUGGAGCAUCGGGGCAUGCCGGGAGGCCCUGACCGCCGAGGCGAGGAGGGGGAGCCUCAGCGCCGAUUCCGAAGAAGAGCAACUCAGCAUAAGCUGA